GUGUCACAUGCGAACUAGAAGUUCUGUGUUCUAUGCUCCAUGGCUCCAGACCAUCACAUGAUUUCGUAUUAUUUUCCUUCUGGUUUGAUGUUUGUGUGCACAAUCAUGUUGGGAGCAUAUAAUAACGAGUGAAAUGAAAAUUAGCUACAACGAAAAUGAUGAGCGACAUAGGAGAAGCUGAAUCGGCCGAAAUUCAAUUGGGAAUUGAGAAAAAGGCGAGCGAGGAUACAAUAGAUUUCUCAAAUGCUGUAGAAAAGUUAACUGAAGGUUUCUUGAAUACUUGUCAACCUCCAUUGGAACAAGUUAGGAAAGAACUUUUUGAACUCACAAAUAAGCAAGAAACUUUGCUUGCUCAAAUGCAACUUGAAAACAAAAAGAUACACGAGACAUUUGAAGAUGUAGAUUUGAAUGAUAUGUUUGCAGUUGUCAAAGUUUACCAAGGAAAAUUAGCAUUGAUAAGAAAAGAAAUGAUUAAUAUUCAUGAAAGGACUUACAAAUUAAAGAAACGCGCGUUACGUUUACAACAGAUUAAACAAAAGGAAGCAUUAAAUAAGGAGCAACAACGUGAGCAAGAAUUGCGCAGAGAACAGGAAUUGAUUGUGUUUGAUCAAUAUCAAAAGGCGCGAUUACUCUUUGUACAAUCUAUAGCGGAUUUAUCCUCCAAACCUAAUAAUAUCGAUUGCUUAGAAGCGGCGGGUGUGAUAGAUCUAUUGCGUCCUUUAUUACUGGAUGCUGUACCGUCUAUUCAACAUAUGGCAGCAUUCGCUCUUGGCAAGCUAGCGAAUCAUAAUUCCAAACUAGCAUACGCUGUUGUUAGAGGAGAUAUAUUAUCACAAUUGCUGAAGAAUAUAGACAAACAAAAUAAGUUUUACAAGAAAGCAGCACUCUUUGUCUUGCGAGCGAUAGCCAAACACUCACCAGAAUUGGCAUUAAUAGUAGUGCAAAAUGAUGGUUUGGAGACUAUAAUUGAUUGUUUGGAAGAUUUUGAUCCCGGAGUAAAGGAAGCGGCUGCUUGGGCUUUAGGAUAUAUCGCAAGACACAACAAAAAUUUGGCUCAAACAACGAUAGAUGCUGGUGCGGUGUCGCUUCUUGUAUUGUGCUUGCAAGAACCCGAAUUGUACAUUAAACAAAUUAGCGCGUCGGCUAUUAGCGACAUAAGUAAACACGAUAUCGAGCUCGCACAAGCGGCUGUGGAUGCAGGUGCAAUCGCCUUCCUCGCGAAAACCUUGACUAAUCCCGAUGCUAAAGUAAAGCGUCAAGCGUUAUUAGCAUUGAGCAGUAUAGCCAAACACUCUGUAGAAUUAGCAGAAGCUGUGAUCGAGAUAGAGAUCUUUCCUGAUGUUUUAAUACACAUGGCGCAUCCGGAUGAAAAUGUCGGUAGAGUUGCGGCAAUUUUAACCAGAGAAAUCUGCAAACACACGUUGGAAUUGGCGCAACUUAUAGCAAACAAUGGAGGUAUUGCUGCACUUAUCGAAUUAAUCGGCACUUCAAAAUCGAUGACUAGAUUACCAGCGAUCAUGGCACUUGGUUACAUUGCUGGUCAUUCUGAUCAGUUGGCUGUAGCUGUAAUAGGAUCCAAAGGUAUCGUACAAUUGGCAAUUGUUUUACAAGAAGAAACUGAAGAUCACAUUCUUGCGGUGACCGUAUGGGCGAUCGGACAAAUCGGCAAGCAUACACCUGAACAUGCAAAAGCAGUUGCAGCAGCGAAUAUAUUAUCUAAUUUAUUGAAGCUGUAUAACAAUCCGAAAAGUUCCGAAGAUCUCAGAGCAAAAUGUAAUACAGCAUUAAAACAAGUUCUACAAAAAUGCAUGUACAUCGAAGCUCUCGAAUCUUUAUUACAUGACGUACCUCUUAAUAUCUUGAAGUAUGUGCUGGGACAAUUCAGCAAGAUUUUACCAAACGAUGCGAAAGCAAGAAGACUAUUUGUAACAUCUGGUGUUAAAAAAGUACAAGAAAUUCAGGCUGAACCUGGCACCGCACUCUCAGAAUAUAUAACAAUUAUCAAUUGCUGUUUUCCAGAGGAAAUUGUCAGAUAUUAUUCGCCGGGUUAUCCAGAUAGCCUUUUGGAAGCUGUGGAGCAGUACCAACCAAAAUGUCUUUUCGUAUUUAAUCAAUCAUCUGAACACAUGGAUUCGAGUUUACCCGCGUCACUUUACAAUGAGGGAUGAUUCUAAAUUAUUAAUGCGUUUAUUAAUGUGUUUUAUUUGCACGAAAUGUGUUUGUUAUUAAUGCACUAUCUAAAAAUUUGUCACUUUUCUCAUAUAUAUAAUUGUAAUAAAUUUUAAACAUGUAUUUGUUA